AUGAGAUCUAAGGUAAAUGAUAUAUAUGCUGGUGUUACUAGUGCUGAGUUUGACGUAAUUUGUAUAACUGAGACUUGGCUUGACCCGUCCAUUAAUAAUUGUGAGUGUUUUCCGGCCAAUUAUAAUGUUUUUCGUGCUGACAGGGAUUUUCAGAGGACUGGGCGUAAGAGAGGCGGGGGAGUACUUCUGGCUGUUAAUAAUAUAUUUAAGGUUAAAAGUCUGGAUUUGUCUGAAUUUGAUAAGUAUUGUUUAAUAGAUAUCGUUGGUUGCAAGUUAAGUAAUCAAGGUGAUCAUGUUUACAUUUUUGUGGUCUAUGUUCCCCCAGCUAUUCCUAUAGAAGAUUUUGAGUCAUUUUUUGAAACAUUUGGUAAUUUUUCUCUGGAGUAUACGAACGUAGUUUUAAUUGGGGAUUUUAAUGCAGUUAGUUUUUGCAGUAAUGCCAUAGAUAGGAAAUCCAAUGGACUUCUUCAAAUGUCUGCGUUAUUGAACUUGACGCAAUUUAAUAGUGUACCUAAUAGUGACGAACAUUUUCUUGAUUUAAUUUUUACUAGCUUAGGGGAGUGUGCUGUAGCACAUGAUACUUGUCCUCUGGUGGCGGAAGAUAGAUAUCAUCCUGCACUAAAUAUUAAUAUUGGUCUGAAACAUCAAUCUUAUGUUAAUUUUCCAAUAAGUUCGGAGUCAAAAAUUUACAAUUUUAAGAGAGCGAAUUUUUCCUUAUUGUAUAUUGAUAUGUUAAAUCUUAAUUGGAAUUCACUAUAUCAGAUUAGGGAAGCUAAUGAUGCAUGCGGAUAUUUCUACGAGCAGUUGUAUUCCAUAUUAGAUAGACAUGUUCCGUUGGUGAAGAGUAAAAAAUAUAAGUAUCCAAAUUGGUAUUCUGAAGAACUUAGAGGAAUGCUCAAACUAAAACGAAAAUUAUUUAGGAAGUACAAACGCAGUCAUUGUGACAGUUGGUAUCAUGAAUUUUCUUCUGUUCGUAGAACGGUUAAAACUCUCAUUUGCAGAGACUUCAAAGAUUAUAUCAACAGAGUGCAAAGUUCUCUUCUGUCAGAUCCAAAAUUUUUUUGGUCCUUUGUAAAGGAGAAGAAAGGUCGUACGUCUAUACCUAACAAAGUGUACUUAGAUGAUUGCUGUUAUGAUCAACCGAAGGAUAUUGUUGAUGCGUUUGCGAAACUAUUUUGUUCUUCAUUUAAUUCGACUGCUGAUGACCUAGCACCUCUUGGCAUGAAUUACAUUAACAAAAUUAAGAAUCUAUGUUUUAGUAUUCAAAUUACUGAGGAUAAUGUUCAUCAAGCGAUUAAUAAGCUGAAAAAUAGCUCUGUUUCUGGAGUUGAUCAGAUACCCUCUUUUUUUAUAAAGGACUGUUCAACUACACUCUUGAAACCAUUGUGUUAUCUGUUCAAUCUCUGUGUUAAAAAUGCCAGCUUUCCUGAUAUAUGGAAGGAUGCCAGAGUAACUCCAGUUUUCAAAUCUGGUGAUUUUGCGGAUGUUCGAAACUAUCGUCCUGUGUCCAUUUUAUCAUGGUUUUACUGCUGGAAGAUCAACACUAACCAACCUAACGUGCAUGUCUCAGGCUAUUGCUGA